AUGAGAAAUCCGCGCAUCUUGUCGUCAUCAGUGAGAGACUCCUCUACUGUUGAGGCUGUUGUUAUGGCUGAAAGGGAGAUUUGUUCCUAUAGAUUCUUUGUUUCUUUAUCCACAAAUAAGCCCGACCUUUUGUGAGAUGUGUCUCGUGAUGACAAGCAUAAUGAGGGACAGAGAGCUCGUUGGGAAGAAAGUGAAACAGAAGUCAUCGGCUCGUCCACAUGUGUGUACCACGUGUGAGGCAUCUUUCUCCAAAGCGUCUGAUCUGAAGCGACAUGAGCGCUCUCACACUGGAGAGAGGCCGUACAAAUGCUCCACAUGCGGGCAGGCGUUUCGACAGUCUGCAACUUUGAAAGUUCAUGAACGGAAGCAUACAGGAGAGUGUCCUUACAAGUGCACAACGUGUGGAGAAAGCUUUAAGUAUGCGAACAUCCUGAAGACUCAUUUGAAAACUCAUUCUGAGGAGAAGCCAUUUGUUUGCCAGGUUUGUGACUCUCGUUUUGCCAAAAUAUCAGAUUUGAAAAGACAUGAGCGUGUACACUAUAUAGAAGAAGUUGCCUUACAAUGUAAUCCGGACAAAAGACCAUCUGCGAAAUUUCCUAAUGCAGCUCAGGAAUGUAUUGUGAACAGAUCUGAAUCGACUGACACUGCUGACAAAUUGAAGGAUAAAGUAGCAGUGAUUUCACUCUCUGGAACUGAGAACAGAAAGGAGGUCCAAUGCUCAUGCGGAAGUGUUUUUAAAACUUCAAGACAGCUGAAGGCUCAUAAGAAAGAGAAGUUUUGUUCUGCGACCCUCCUGUGCGACAUGUGCGGAGCUGUUUUCUUGUGUGUGUCGUCUCUGAGAGUUCAUCUAAAACGUCACCUCGGUGACACCCCGUUUAGCUGUUCCCUCUGCUCUCGUGCCUUCCCGCUGAAAUCGCUCCUAAAGAAACAUGAAGAGAGUCACACAAAGACCAAGCAGUAUUCUUGUAAAAUUUGUUCCAGUUCAUUUUCUCUUUUUGGAAAUCUGAAAAUUCAUAUGAGGAUUCAUACUGGGGAUCGUCCUUAUUCUUGUGACAUCUGCGGAAGGAAAUUUGCCCAUUCUCAGGCUCUGACAAAGCAUGGUCGUGUUCACUCUAAAGCACGUCCUUUCUCGUGUUCAUCGUGUGGUGCAUCCUUUGCCUGGCCAGGACCGUUCCAGAAGCAUCUCAAGUCUUGUCAGGGUGGAGAGGGGAACGUCGGUAGGUUAAGUAAGGAAGAUGUCGGUGCAGGAGAGACGCGGAGUUCUGUCUCGUGUGAAAGGAUAGAAACAGAAGAAGUGAGUGAAGCUGAAAAAAGUGGUCAGAUUCUGAACCUACCUGCUCCGACAUUCCUUUCCUUGCAAGGGAAAAGUGACCGUGAUGCUGCUGUCGCGUUGGUUCCAAACUCCUCAUCACACCCAGGGAACAGUCAUGGGAUAUCGACAGCAGAGGGUGUCGGGACUGCAGUUGUUUCAGCUGCCGUUCUGUUGGUACCAGUAUGUUCACAAGACGGGAAUCUCAACAAACAGCUUUCUCUUCCGCCAGUAAACGUUGUCAGUGCUAGUGUUGCGUCAUGUUAUGUUUCAAGUGCUCUGGAAGUCAACCCUUGCACUGCAAAGCAAACACCCUCAACAGAAUGUGUGGAGUCUGGAAUAACCUCUACAAAUGUACAAGGGGGGUUGGCAGAUCCUGGAGAAGAAAGUAUAAGAAUGGCAUCGUGUCAGGCUCGUGCACACCACAACGCACGUUCUGAUGUACCAGGUAGCUGUAAAGAGGCAGACUUGCGUGUAUCAUCACAGAUGCUGACUGGCACAGACUCACAGAUCAAUCAGCGGCCUGCUCCGUACUGUCAGCCAGCCUCAUUUCACGAAACUGUUGGAGCGCAAAUGAACAGACAGGUUCAUCUUGACAGGUACGCUCCACCCAACAAUGAACUUUUUUGUGGACAAGGUGCUGGAAAUGUUUCUAAUUCACCGGAUUCUGGGAACAGGCCUUCUUGCUCUUUGCUGGAACUUCUUGGCCAUGAUCAUUGGCCAGUAGGCCAGGUACAGCAAGGGAAUGUGUCGUACGGUGCUGUUAGCUCCUCUCACUGCACGGACGUUUCUGCAUUGUCACACACGUCAGACACGAAAUGUGAGAUCUAUUCUGUCUCGAGAGGUUCCCGCUGGCAGAGAGUGGACCCCCAGAGUAAGGGAAAGAGUAUCAAAAACACAGGUGGGAAUCAGUGGGAUGAUGCUAGUUUUUAUAAAUAUGAUACUUUGCAUGUUUCUAAGGACCCCAGCUGGAAUAGACCAGUUGUGACAAAGUCACAAGAUACAGCGAAUAGUGCAAAGUCCAUUUCCUGUUGGCAAAGUGCCCGGGAGAGUAAGGCAGACACCACCAGUGCUUGGAAUGCAGAACACUUCCCUCAAGUUGGGCCCCUCAGCACAGACGCAUUUUCAGUCUCAUCAAAUAUCACGUGCAGUUCUCAGACGAAUACACCUAAUCGAGACCAGCUAAGCUACGCCUUUGUCAAUGAAAACUUCUCCAAGUCUGCAAUUGAACUUUUGAUGCCCUCUGUGCCUUCUUCAAGUGCUUCUACCUCGCAGCAGCAGAUGUGUAGUGGAGGAAGUGAUCAAGCUGGGCAAGUGUUAGACUUCAACAACUUUGGUAUGAGUAUGGCUGUAGAAUCCCAGCCUCACUUUGGCAUGGCUUACGACCAGAACAGCUCCGGUGUGUCCUUGAAUGAUGGGGAGAAAAAUUUUAUGCAGAUGAUGGAAACCUCAAAUUUGUCAACUAAGGCAGAAAAAUUGCCUCAUAACCCACCUCCAGUCAUGUCUGACAACCUCCAGUGUUUUCCCACCCUGGAUGAAAUCCUCUGUGAAAGCGAACAACUAAUGGCCGAGUAUCAAAAAAGAGGAGGAAACGAAUUACAGCAGUUUCCACAAAAGAAAUCUACAGUUACUGAAAGCGGAGACCCAAAGCCAGCAGUCAGUGAGUGUCCAGUAUCUUCUGUCAGUGGCAUGGGGGUCAGUGGCUUCUCCACCUUCCUGUGCCACGGUCUGGACAGGCUGAAGGUCUCCGGUCACGUUUACGAGGGCAGUCGUUGUGAGCAAGAACCAGCUUUAGCCGGCUGUGCUGGUGGCAACAGUCAUGAACAAGGGUUAGAGCUGACGUCGGUGCCACGAGACAGAAGUGUUGAUUGCCUUAGUGGGAUGGAGGCACGGUCAUUGACUCACGGUACUCAGACUGAUGGCCUUCCCGGGAUACGUCAACUUGAUAAUUUGCCUGGUCAGUCCGCCCUUCCUGGUGCUGUUUAUAACACUCCGGGGUUCCUGGACAAAGAUCUGGCAUGGUCACUUUCUGCUGCUGCUGAUGAAAUGAAAGAAGGGAGAGAACUCCUUCAGCUUGCCCCUGCCCAACGAGAAAACCGUUCUCAGAAGUUUUCUGUUAUUCAGACAAACCCUAAACAGUUUGUAAGUCUGUCUGCGGCCAACGACAGACUCAGAAAUGAGAGGAAAGAUUAUAAUGUAAAAAGAUCACUUGAUGAGUUUAUGCCAGAAAGUGAAAAUAUCAGAGGAAGUGACUACACAUCUAUUACACAACAGGUCCCUGACUGCAUUAUCCCAAUGGCGAAUCUUGUUGAUGAUGAAACCGUUGAAAAUAGAGCAUCAGAUGCUAACUUUGUUCAUACUUCUGAUCAAAUUGUGAACAGAACUCCUUGUGCAGCUGUAGAAAAUAAAGCAUCUGGGAAUGCUGUGAGAAGUAGAGUAUCUAGUAGUAAUGUGAAAAAUACUAGUUUUGGUAAAGGUGAGGAAGACAGAAUAUCUGAUAUUGUCUUAGAAAAUAGAACACCUGGCCGGGAAAACAGGAUAUUUGAUAAUUUGUCAGAGAACAGAACGGCGUGUAAUCCUGCCUCGGAGACUAGACCAUAUGAGUUGCAUACUGUUCAAAUAGUUGAAAGAGGUACGGAAAAUUCUUCAUCAGACAAUCAUUAUAUGGUCCAAAGUGACGAAGCCAAAGACAAAAAGGCUCCAGACAGUUGUGAGGUGAGUGAAUACGCUUGUGCUCACGUUAAAGGCAGUGUUGUAGAGAAGGAGGUUUUUGUCUGCGGCAGUUGUGGGCAAACAUUUGGAGACAAGGACAGCCUGCGGCAGCAUGUGACAGAACGACAUACUGAAGGGGAGACAAACGCGGCGUUCAUCUGCUCCGAGUGCGGCUCCUGCUUCAGCCAGAGGAACCAGCUGACUAGACAUGAGUUGACUCACUCGGACCGUCACCGGCCUCAUCAGUGCUCGCAGUGCCAAGCUACUUUCACACAGUUGUCCUCUUUGAAGGCACAUCUCAGCUCUCACUCUGGUGAACGUCUGCACAAAUGUACAGAAUGUGAUGCCUCGUACAUGCGCAAAGAGAAUUUAAAACUUCACAUGAAGCAAAGCCAUAAGUCACAUCCCGAUGGCAGUCCCACGUUGGAUCCAACAUCUCAAGGACAAGAAAAAGGUGACGGCAGUAACCAGUUUAGUUGUUCGUCUUGUGAGAAGAAAUUCUCCAGCAUAGCUAGUCUCAAAAGCCACGUGAAGGUGCACAAUAAAAGAGAGUCUUUCCAGUGUGAUAAAUGUGAGGCGUCCUUCACCUUCGCUUUGGCCUUCGAACGUCAUAAGUUGACCCAUAAGAAAGGGAAACAGAUGGCUAAAUGCGAGGUCUGUGGCUCUGAGUUUACCAGGCAGUCCAACUUAAAGAAGCACAUGAUGAUCCACACUGGUCAGAAACCAUUCACCUGCGAGGUGUGCGGUUCUUCCUUCACUCAAAAAGCCAACUUGCAGGUUCACAUGAGGACACACACGGGAGAAAAACCCUACACCUGCAACACCUGCGGUGCAAAGUUUGCCCACUCUCAAGCUCUCAAAACGCAUACUCUGUUUCACGGGACGCAGAAAGACUUUGUUUGCCAUUCUUGCGGGAAAGCCUUUCUGGCUUCGGCUACUCUGGAGAAGCACAUCCGAACGGUGCACUCGGGGGACAAGCAGCAGUGGCCUUGUCGUGUGUGCAAAGCCGUACUGUCGAGCUCUUCCUCUCUGCGUCGACACAUGCGGACGCACGGUGAGGACUUGCCGCACCAGUGCUCCGUCUGCUCACAGAGGUUUGCGAAACCGGCACACCUCAAAAUACACAUGGGCACUCACAACAAAACUCACAUGCGUAGCAAAAAGUGUCAACAAGAGGUCAGGGAUUGAGUGUCACUUCAUUGAUUCCAGAUAUAAAUGUCAGAGUUUGAGAUAGAAUGCACUGAAUGAAAGGGAAAGAAACAGAGGGGCAAGAGAGAGAAUCAGAGAGGGGCAAGAGAGAG